CGACCUCCAGCGUUUUGAAGGCACAAAGAUGGCGGGCAGGGCGUUCAUGCAGUUAUCGGCAGUACUCGCGUUUCUGGCCUCUUUUCUCGUCCUUCUUGUAGAUAUUGAAGCUGCGGUAACAGUGAGUGUAGGACCUGCCCAGACUGUCCUGAAGGAGAACACAGUAGUGUUACAAUGUACGUACAGCGUGACGCCGGCAGCACAGGUAGACAUCAUCACAUGGAGCUUCACCUCCAGCACAGAAAGCAGGGAGGUGGUCACCAUGUUGGCCAACACGCAGAGCGUGUUUGGGACAUACGAGAACCGCGCGUCCAUCACGGAGCAGGCCUCGCUGAGAAUUGAGAACGUGGGAGAAAACGACGAGGGCACGUAUAGAUGUACAGUGAAGGUGCUGAGUCAAGGUUCGGCAGACACCAAAUCGGUGGACCUGACAGUUUUAGUUGCAGCAAGUGCCCCCACCAUCGUCUCCACAGUUAACAGUGCAGCUAGAGCAGGGGACGACCUGACGUUGACCUGCCGGUCGGACGGCGGCAAGCCCCUCCCCACCCUCACGUGGUUCAACGGAACCCAGCCCAUGGACGCGGGCGUAGGAGAACCCACUACCAACGAAGCCGCGCGGCAGGUGAUCCGGGAUUUGUCGCUGUCUCCAGUCACGAGGUUUGACGACCAGGCCAAUUUUGUGUGCAAAGCAGACCAGGGGUACCCAGACCAACUGGACGUCCAGACUGCAGAGCAAGUUCUAGAUGUACAAUAUCCACCCGUUGCAUCCAUCAGCUCCAAUCCCAACAGCUCCGUCAAGGAGACCAACACCCUGACCCUGACCUGUGUGGUACAGAGUAACCCUGACCCCAGCCAGAUCAGGUGGCUGAAGGUCAGCGGAGACUCGGCCGACGUCCUGCAGACCGGCCUGACCACCACCUACGUCAUCCCGAAGAUCAACAGGUCUCAGAACGGGACGUACCGCUGCGAGGCCAGCAACGGCGUCAUACCCCGGGACAGAGAAUCAGACGGACAGGCUACGGUCAACAUAGAUGUGUACUAUGCUCCGAAGAUCAGCUCUAGCUUUGUGCAACCGUUCGAGGUGAACUUUGGUUCCAGCCUGCCAGCGGUGACCUGUGAAGCCGAGGGUAACCCCACGCCCAACCUCCAGUGGGUACAGGUGGGGUCGGGGAGAACGUUCAACAAUCCGCUGUCCUUCGCCACCAUGACGUACGCCGAGGACGGAACCUUCACUUGUGUGGCCGCGGCUCUCGAUUUCCCCAAGGACACUGUCAAUGUUACAGUUAAUGUUAUAGGGCGUCCGGAUAUCAUUGGAGACAGUCCGGCAGCGCGAGAGUUCAUGGAGGGGAAAACGGCGCAGAUUGUGUGUGAGAUUCAGGCCAAACCAAGGCCCAGCAGGGUGGAGUGGUUCCUACUGGACUCCUCAGACAACAGGGCCAUUAUCACAACCGGAGGUCCAUACAGGAUUUUACAAGAGAACCUGCCGAAAGGCAUGAAGAGUAUUCUACAGAUCAACAGUAUGAAACCGGAACAUUCAGGACGAUACGUCUGCAAAGCCACAAACACGUACGGGGAGGACGAACAGUACUUCGAUGUGACACUACAAGCCGAAGAUGUGGUCACCACGGCCAGAGGUCUGUACACGGACAAUGGAUCAGACACCACUCUGGUCAUAAUCAUAGUGGUGGUUGUUUUGUUAUUACUCCUACUGCUGGUGGGUAUUGGCCUGAUGUUGGCUCACAAGAGAGGACUAUUACCCUGCAAAGGUGAACCAGAAACUGGGAAGGGUGGAAGGUAUGUUUCUUAUAGGGAUGAGAAUGUCACCAACGAGUUCUCCAUCGAGAUGGCCGACAAGGACAAGUCCCCCACCGCGCCCCUCCCCUCCAGAGUAGAAAGCAGUCAGUAUAUCCCCACGCCUCUCGUCGCCGCCAGCUACGAAGCACGACUGAGCGGCGCAAGCUUCGGCGAACCCAGAUCUCCGGUUGGCCAGGACAAACCUGACGGAAAGAAGGUCAAUUCCCCAGCAUUCCCGGAACCCACCACAGAGGAGCCGCCAGUUCAGACAUCGCAGGGUGGGUAUAGGGACGAGGACGGACUGAAUAACGCGGAGCUGGACUUGUCUUCACGGAAACCUGCCUCCCGGAGGCCCAUCGUGGAUCCCAAGGACACCAUGGACAUGGACUACCCCACCCUCAGACAACAAACCACUUCCCCCUAUGUUUGAUAGCUUCCCUGUACAGUCAUUUCAAGUCUUGCCAUCCCAAAAAUCAACCUACGUCCACUUAAUCAUUUAGUCUUUCAACAGCAAAAGUUUCUUUGCCAAAGGAGCUGAUCACAAAAUUUAUAACAGCCCCAUUUAAAGCCUUUUUUCUUGCCGUCAUACAUUGUAUUUUUAAAGUUUAUUUUUGCAUUUAUGUAUUUUAUUUAAAACACCUGUUUGAAGCAGAAAUGUUAGACCAUGACAUGUUGUUUUCUUGCCAUUGUUUUUAUCAAUAUUUUUUUUUUAGUUUUGUCAUUGAAGCCAUUUUAUUACUUGUACAUAACAAUUUUUAGUAAUUGCAUUUUUUUGUACUAAUAUCCAAUGUCUUUCUGUGUCAUAAGCGUAUACCAAAUGUGAAAAGAUCUGAUGAGAUUGACAUGGUCCAAAUAUCCUGGCAUGGUGAGCUGACAACAAAAUGCUUUAAACUAUGAAAUACAUGUAAAGCAUUUGCAGAAGCAAGUAUUCCUGUCCUUGUGAGAGAAACAAGAAUUCUUGAGUUGUGUUAAAAUGGGAUUGUGACGCCUAAACUGCUUCAUCUCUUGUCAGUGUUUUAUUAUCUGUUACAAUAUCUCAUACUCUACUUAACACGGUCCCAUUUGAAGAGUACUUAAGUUCACUGUUGACCCAGAAAAGACAAGAAAGUCGAGUUUUAAGAAUCAUUAUGUAUUUGGUGACGAAACCCUACCAAAGAAUGUAGGAGUAAAUAACAAGUAAUAUUAUAGAUCUCACAGUAGGCUGCAAAGGACAGGGCCACUUGUCUUACACCAUACAUGUAAGCAUCAGUUACACCUUGGAUCAAUAUACAGUACAUGUUAUACUGGAAGGCAAACUACACACGAAUAGUCAGAAAUUUCAAAAGGAUGUUUGGCAGGUGUCAAUCUCAGCUUGUAACAGAAUUCUGUGGAGUUUCUUUAGUUUGUAUCAGAGCUGGUCUCUGCAUCGGAUGUGUCGCAAAAUACACACAAGUCGGAACAGUGGUUGUGGAAAUAUUGGUGCAACGUCUUCAAGUGUAGCAGCAAUCCAGCUCAUUAUAAUUGUCGUAGAUACUGGCUAUUCCAGCCUGGAGGAUUGAAAAUCUCUACAGAUAUGGAAAAUUAGAAAAAAAAAUUAUGUUACUCUAGCAUGGUAAAUGUCAUAAAUUCCACCAAACAGGUUCAAAGACUUAUGCAGUGAUGUAUUCUGGGUGCUGUGUUUGUUGACAUGUUGCACUGCGUAUGAUGCUAUUCGUCAUGACAGUUUCUUUUAGAAUGUUGAGUAUCGUCAUUUUGUAUUGGGUAGCAGUAGCAUUGGUGAAGCGGAAAUUGUCUAACCUUGAUACAUAAUCUGCAGCUACAACUGUAUAAGAAUGAGCUCUGUGAAUGACAUUGUACAGGAAUCGCUAAAUCGCAGUGUGUGGAAAUGCAUGUGUACUUUGUGCGUGCCGCAGGCACUGUCAGAAGAGAGCAUAGGGCUAGAAUCUUGUGGCGUGUGUGCCUAUAGAGACGUGGUGCAUUGUACAGGAGGACUGUGUAUCGAUUGCAUGCAUUAAUAUUAUAAGCAGGCAUUUGAAAUUGAAAUGUAAGCGCCAUGCAGGUGGUAGGUGGCAGUUGCCUUGUACUUGCCAAGAUCUCAUUAAUUUUUUAUGCUAAGGGUAUCAUUAUGUUGUAAAUUAGCUAGUCUUCCUGCUAAGCUUCAUUGGACCUUACAUAGAUUAGCAGAUCCAAGUGUCACGGUCAAAUGACAGUUUGAUGUAUGAUGCAGCCUACGCUACCCUUGGGCAAACUGCACUCUACUCUUACUUUCAAAUGUUUUGCAGGGGAGGUGGGAAUGCAUAAAUAGUGCCUGUAGAUAUAUUUUUGAAGAAGCUACUGUGUAAUGGUCUAACAUUGGUGAUUCAGAAUAACAUUUGUAAGAAAUGCUGCAUGCCUAUGUAAUUGUUAACAAAUUGUAUAGAAAUUUUAAUGUAGAGUACUUUUCAUUGGUAAUUGUAGUUCCAUUGUUACUCUCAUUUUGCUAAUAUUGAGAAUUGUAUGCAACAGUCAAAUCUUAAAGGUUUUCCCAGCAGAUGUGAUGCUGGUUUAUAGAGAAUCAAUUGCUUUUAUUAGGCAUUACUUACAGCAAUACUAGCAGGGUCAUUGCAGUCUUUUGUUGCAUAUCUAAACAGGCAUCAGCACUGUGUACUAUUCAUUACCACAGUGUCACACAAUCUCUUUGCUUGUGCCAAAGAUCGAUGCACAAAUUUCACACAACAAGCAAUUUUUUGGGGUUUCGGUGAGAAAUCAUGUACAGACAUUGUUGCCUUUGAAAUGUGGUCAUUCUACAGUGAUUGUGUCCCACAAGAAUGUUGUCACACGCGAGCACCUGGCGCACUCACGAGUGUUAACGUCAGCCGGUCAGCCGCAGUCAUAUCUCCAGUCAUCAGGGCAUGCCAGCCAAGCAAAUGGUCCUUUAAAAACCAAGAUGUCUCCAGCUGAUAGAAGAGGCUGUCAGCCCUUGAAGUAGGAUGGACGUAAACCAGGUGGAAAUGGUUACCUUUUAGGUGCUUAUUGGAUUCUUAUCUACCCCUAGGAACAAGGCUCAAGGACAUACAUGAAUGCUGUAUUGUACUUGCUUUUACUGUCCAAGUCCACUGUAGUCAACUUAAAGGUGGUGUUUGUAAGAUUGGUGACCAAUAAUUUGAUAGCAUCUAUGUUGUAAAAUUCUGGAAUUCAUUAGAUACAGUCAAGCCUGCAGCAUUUGCCAGCCACCUGACAAUAACAACCAUCUUUUCAUGGUCCCAUUAGCAUAACUAGAACCAUCAGGUACCAGUAUUCCAAAGAGUACCGGUAAUUAAAUUGGGAAAAUAUAUUUUUCACAAAAGGUGGUACCGGUAGUACAGUGUUCCCAGCUGUGGCAAUCUUACAAACAGGACCUUUAUGCUUCAUUUGACUGUCAUCCAAAGUGUUAGUAAUUAUGCACUUUAUUUGAAAUAUGUAUUUAGUGCAUUAUACAAGGCUGCUUCAGGACAGUUCUAGAGGUGAAUAUCUAGUUUCCUGUUACUGUAGCCCACUGUGGAGUGAACAUGGUGGUGGUUGUCUAGUUACAUUCUUGGUAUUUCAGUAGUGGUCCCAAUGGGGGACCCUUGUGAAAGACUGGGAAACAAUGUUAUCUAUACUCUGGGGCACAUAGUGCACUGAUCUGACCUGUAUAAUCUAGGAUGGUGGCAUGAAGAAUACAUGUAUGUAGCAUAGUGUAGCAGUUCAGCCAAUUGUUUGGAAACCUAGACAAUCGUUUUUAUUGAUGAUUCAAAGUAGCGUUUCAGACUAGAAUUGUUUGCCUUUUAAACAUGAUGACAUGGACUAACAGCCAAAGAUGGCUGUUACUGUGCACAUUUGAAAUACAAAGAUAACCACAAGCAAAAUGGCUGCUGUUACAUCUUAGCAGAGCCCCCUGUACUUAAAAGUGUGAACUGCAGUCAGUUUUCACUACCAUGUAUGACAAUGAUAAACCCUUUCCAAAGGGACAAAGACUCUGCCCUUCUUGCUUGUGGUAGUUUCCAGGUUAUACGUGUUGCUAGUUGGUGCACUGCCAUGUUUGUAUGUGGAUUUUCUAUUUUUAUAUUGUCAACGUUGAGUUAAAAGGCAAGAAAUUUCUUAGCAGGUAGAAAAUCGUAUUGUACAUAACAGCGAGCGAGCACCCCAGUUCACAAAUGGAGCUGGCCAGUUUAUGUGACAGUUAUAGUGAAUUUGUAGAAACACUGGCAUUGGUAAAUGAUGCAGCUAUGUGGAAAGCACUGUUUUUGGAGCUGUUAAAUCUGUUUGGAAAGAAAAUUAUUGUAGCUAUUCCUAAUGUUCGAGCACUGCCGUGUGUUACAUGACAUUGAGCAGAGUGUUGUUGCAAACUUGUAAAUAUAACAGUAUUAAUAAAAUGUCCGUUUUGCA